AUGUUUGGCAAAUUGCGAUCAACGGUCUCCCGCUCUUCUCCUGUUCGAACACCUGGAGAAUCCAAGGAUGCCUCCCAAGUAGCGGAGGGUGGAGAGGUCGACGAUGGCUUGCACACAGACCUCGAACAUACUCCCUCACAGACAAAACGCCAGAUUGGCACUGUCUCUGCAUUCUUCCUGGUCUUCAACCGUAUGGUCGGAACAGGUAUCUUCGCCACGCCUAGCACGAUAUUCUCGCUGUCCGGCAGCGUCGGUCUCAGCCUAUUCAUUUGGGUCGCGGGCAUGAUCAUCGCCGCGGCUGGGAUGGCAGUAUAUCUCGAGUUUGGGACAGGACUUCCCAAAAACGGCGGCGAAAAGAAUUACCUCGAAUUCGUCUAUCGUAAGCCAAAAUACCUCGCUACAGGCUUCUACACCGGCUAUGUCAUUCUCCUGGGUUGGGCGGGCUCCAACUCCGUGGUCUUCGGAGAAUAUAUCCUCAACGCAGCGCAGGUCGAGGUCACCAGAUGGAAUCAGAGAGGCAUUGGAUUGGCAUGCAUCACAGCUGCUUUCCUCGUCCACGGCUGCGCCCUGAAGUGGGGCCUGCGACUACAGAACCUCCUUGGCCUUAUCAAGCUGAUUGUUGUGCUUCUGAUCAUUGUUGCUGGCUGGGCUGCUCUGGGCGGAGCCCUCAAAAUCGACAAGCCGCACAACUUUGAUAAUGCUUUUGCAGGAACCACAGGCAGCGCGUAUGGUGUUGUGACGGCGUUGUACAACGUGAUUUGGAGCUACAUUGGCUACAGCAAUGCCAACUACGCCCUCAGCGAAACGCGAAAUCCUGUCCGGACUAUCAAGAUUGCUGGACCUGCAGCUUUGAUUUCAGUCGCGGUUAUCUACAUGUUGGUGAACAUCGCUUACUUCGCCGCCGUGCCGAAAGAAGAGAUCGCAUCUUCCGGACGUAUCCUAGCGGCGUCGUUCUUCCGUAACGUCUUCGGCAACAGUGCCGAACGAGCACUGUCAGUCUUUGUUGCGUUGUCCGCGUUCGGAAACGUACUCAGCGUUAUAUUCUCUCAAGGUCGACUGGUCCAGGAACUAGGUCGUGAGGGCAUUUUGCCGUUUUCGCGAUUCUGGGCGAGCAACAAGCCCUUCAACGCUCCUCUUGCUGGGCUGUUCGAGCACUGGCUGGUGUCGGUGAUCAUCAUGCUUGCGCCUCCGCCUGGCGAUGCAUACAAUUUCAUCCUCAAUGUCAUCUCAUACCCAUUAUCGAUCGUCAACGCCUUUGUUGCGGCCGGCUUGUUAUAUCUCUACAUCAACCCCGGCAAAUGGGGCUGGUCGCCCCCAUUCCGCGCCAGUUGGCCCGUCGUACUUCUCUUUUUGCUCAGCAACAUCUACCUUGCAGCCGCCCCGUUCGUGCCGCCCGAGCACGGGCAGAACGUCUACAACGAUCUCCCUUACUAUCUGCACUGUGUGGUGGGUAUGGGAAUCAUCGCCGCCGGAGGCGUGUACUGGCUCGUCUGGGCCGUUCUACUGCCACGUAUUGGGGGGUACGAGUUGGUCAGAGAAACGAAAAUCAGCGAGCUCGACGGGUGGGAGAGAAGUGUAUUCUCACGAAGAAAGCUGCGUGAGACCGAGGCUGAAAAGCGACAUCGGUUGAGCUUGGUGUCUUCCUGA